GCAGCAGUGUAUUCAGGUGUGUGUACGCAGAUCUUCAGAGAGGAGUUUGGGCUUCACCAGAGUAAAGUGUACUGCUUUGUUCAUCUGAGCAUUCAGGAACAUCUCGCAGCUCUGUAUGUGCACCUGACCUUCAUGAAGGAACAGAGAAGUGUUCUUAAACAGAAUCAGGAUGAUGAUGAUCAUAGUGAUUAUGAUGAUGAUGGUGAUGAUAAAAGUGAUUAUGAUGGUGAUUAUGGUGAUAAUAUUAUUGAAUGUAGGACACUUUCAGAUGUUCACAUGAGAGCUGUAGAUCAGGCUUUAUACAGUCCGACUGGACAUCUGGAUCUUUUCCUCCGCUUCCUUCUGGGUCUCUCACUCGAGUCCAAUCAGAAACUUCUACAUUCCUUAGUAACACAGACAGGAAGUAGCUCACAGAACAAAGAGAAAACAGUUCAGUACAUCAAGAAGAUGAUCAGUGAAGAUCUUACUGCAGAGAAAUCCAUCAAUCUGUUCCACUGUCUGAAUGAACUGGGUGAUGAUUCUCUAGUGGAGGAAAUCCAGCAGUAUCUGAAAUCUGGAGCACAAAGUGAACUUUCUCCUUCACAGUGGUCUGCUGAAGGAGAUCAGGUGGUGUCUGAGGGAGCUGAGGGAUCUCAGGCUUGUGAGAUGGAGGAAGUGACUGAGCAGCUGAGUGAUUUAUCUCAGCGUUCUCUUAAGAGCAUCAGAGAUGAGGAACAGUGGUCACGUCUGAAAAGGAUCUUUACUCUGUCGAACAAAUUAACAGAUUUUUAUGACUAA